CCUACAAUAGUACGGAAAAGAGCGUUUGGCGUAUGACCAGUAGAAUGAUCUUUGGAAGAGCUACAAAGGUGUCAAACUUCGCUCUCCUCUACAACUCGCUGACGCUGAGAAGAGCGAGAGAGAUGGCUGGCUACAGAGACUGGGAGAUCCACAAGUACGGUCUGUUCUCAGAGAUAUCUCUCACUUAUUGGAGAAAAUACUUCAACCAACCAUUCAACUAUGAAGAUAGCCGCGCUGCGAAAGCGGAACUUGUAGAAACUAUGCUCGAACUGAGUGACACAAGGUGCAGAACGCUAGAGAGCGAAGACGAGUAUUUGACUCCGAACAUAGAAUAUUAGGAAGAAAAUUCAAUAAUAGAACUGCGGAUUACAAAGAGAAAUAAAGAGGAAAAGGUAACGCUGAGCAUUACAAAGAGGAAUAAAGAGUCAACUGAAGGUAGUAUUGAAUAUUGGAUAUCAGUAUUCGAUCAGUUUUGUUGAUCUAUUUUCUAU